UUGUAAGGCACUUGAAAUCUGUGACUUUCUUCUGUUUCUUGUCCUCAUUCAGUUACUUAAUCCCUCUUGUUAAUCAAAGAUUAGAUCCUUAAUCUUUGUUUAUUCAUUAAAGCUCAGAACUUUGUUCUUUCAGCAAAAAUGGCAGGUAAUGAAGAUUUUGAAGAAGGAGAUAUAUGGUCAGUUGUUAGAGAUGACUCAAGUCCAAAUACUAGGAAAAUGAAGGAUAAGUCUUCUUCUUUUUCGAAUUCUUCUGCAUGGCGGUUGCAUAGUACUCCAAGAAUGAUCCCAAGAGCUAAUAUUAUUACUACUAACCAGCCCACAUCUUCAUUAACAGCAACUACUUAUGAAGUUAAAGGUGUUGAACAGGCAUCAGCUCCUGUCUGCAUUCCAGACUGGUCCAAGAUUUAUGGUAAAGAUUCAAGAAUGGGAUCAAGGGGUAGCUCUAAAAAUGAUCAAGAUGAUGAUGGUAAUUAUGUUAAGGGAAAUGGGUAUUAUGGUCAUUAUGAAAACGAUGGUGAUGAUGAAGAAGAUGGUGGAAUAGUGCCACCACAUGAGUGGAUUGCUAAGAAACUAGCUAGGAGUCAGAUUUCAUCUUUUUCUGUGUGUGAAGGUAUUGGAAGAACACUCAAAGGAAGAGAUCUUAGUAAAGUCAGGAAUGCUAUUUUGACAAAAACUGGCUUCUUGGAGUAAGAUUAUAACAUGUUACAGACAACUUUUUAUUACAUUAUUAAUUAGUUAAACUUUAUGUUAGUUUAUUAGGAAGAAGAGGAAAAGAGAGAAAUUUUGGUAGUGUCUGAAAUUUUGUCUGGAAGCCUGGUAGAAUGUGUUUUUGGCUGAUUUUGUUGUUGUCUGUUAGUAUAUGUUCUAAUUUUCAUGGAUGAUUUAUUUAUUCC